AUGACGCUGAAUUUGGAUCCUAACAACGCCACCUUUUUGAAGGAUGAGCAAGGCCGUCCCUUUAUCGUCGUCAGAGACCAAGGGAAGAAGAAGCGUCAAUUUGGAAACGAGGCAGUUAAAUCCCACAUCCUUGCAGCUAGAACUGUAGCCAAUCUCGUCAAGUCCUCCCUUGGCCCUCGUGGCCUCGACAAGAUCCUCAUCUCAUCCGAUGGAGACAUCACAGUCACCAACGAUGGCGCCACCAUUUUGCAGCAGAUGGAAGUGAGCAACCACGUCGCCAAGCUACUGGUAGAGCUUUCAAAAUCCCAAGACGACGAAAUUGGUGAUGGUACCACUGGCGUUGUCGUCUUGGCUGGCGCCCUGCUCGAACAAGCUGCCGACCUCAUUGAUAAGGGCAUCCACCCAAUCCGAAUCGCCGAUGGUUACGACCAGGCUUGCGACAUUGCCGUUGCGGAGCUCGACAGAAUUUCAGAUACGAUCGAUUUCACAAAGACAGACACUGCUAACUUGGUCAAGGUGGCACGGACAAGUUUGGGCAGCAAGAUCGUCUCCAAGGCGCACGACCAAUUCGCCAACAUUGCUGUGGACGCUGUCCUGUCGGUGGCUGACUUGGAGCGAAAGGACGUCGAUUUCGAGCUGAUCAAGGUCGAUGGCAAGGUUGGAGGCUCGCUUGAAGACACAUUGCUGGUCAAGGGUGUCAUUGUCGACAAGGACUUUUCUCACCCACAGAUGCCUUCCGAGGUGCGGGACGCCAAGAUUGCCAUCCUGACAUGCGCCUUUGAGCCGCCGAAGCCCAAGACUAAGCACAAACUCGAAAUCACCAGCGUCGAGGAAUUCAAGAAGCUGCAAAACUACGAGAGGGAAAAGUUCAUUGAGAUGAUUCAGCAAGUCAAGGACACAGGUGCCAAUUUGGCCAUUUGCCAGUGGGGAUUUGAUGAUGAAGCCAACCACUUGCUUUUGCAAAACGGCCUUCCCGCCGUCCGUUGGGUUGGUGGCCCUGAGAUUGAGCUGAUUGCCAUUGCCACCAACGGCAGAAUAGUACCUCGUUUUGAAGACCUCAAACCCGAGAAGCUUGGCUCCGCAGGUGUUGUCAGAGAGAUGACAUUUGGUACCACAAGAGAGAAGAUGUUGGUCAUUGAGGAGUGCGCCAACACUCGUGCUGUAACUGUUUUCUGCCGCGGCAGCAACAAGAUGAUUAUCGACGAAGCUAAGCGAUCGCUCCACGAUGCCUUGUGUGUCGUGCGCAACUUGGUGCGUGACAACCGAGUCGUCUACGGUGGUGGUGCCGCCGAGAUUGCCUGCUCCCUGGCAGUCGAGGAUGCCGCCGUCAAGACGCCCGGCCUCGAGCAGUACGCCAUGCGUGCAUUCUCUGAAGCCCUGGAUACCGUCCCCAUGACGCUGGCGGAGAACAGUGGCCUCAACCCCAUCUCAACCCUUGCUGAAGUGAAGAGCCAGCAAGUCAAGGCUGGCUCCAACAGCCGCGGCAAGCUUGGCGUGGACUGCAUGGGACGUGGCGACAACGAUAUGAAGGAAGCCUUUGUUAUUGACCCGUUGAUUGGAAAGAAGCAGCAGCUUCAACUGGCUACACAAUUAUGUCGCAUGGUUCUAAAGGUGAACAAUGUCAUUGUGGCGGGUUCUGGAGACGACGACUUUUAG